ACGGCCCACUGGAAAAUUGACAUAUUUACGUAGUUUGGGAUUUUCAAUAUUUUUAUUUACUGUUGUGAAAAUUACCUAACAAAGGUGGUUGAUUUUGCACAAAUAUGGCAUUAACGAAUGUAUUGCUAUUAAGUCAAAUAGCUGGCUAUGUUAUUGGCCUUAUAUUAUCGUUAUGUAUUAUUGUACCUUUGAGUAUGCACCAAGAUGAAUUCAGUGGUCACUGUCUUCUAUUCUCGAAGGGCACUUGGCAAGAAGAGGAUGGACAGCUGUUGGUGAUGUGGGCGUCCCGAGCCUAUUGCAACUAUGUUAUUGUUGUUGGAAUUCUCAUGUUUAUUGUCUGCUGCAUUCAGAUUUACAGGUUAUCAGUAUUUGUAUGCAAGGGCAUAGAUAGUUCGUUCCUCUCAGCCUUCAUAGAAGCUGUGGGGUGCGUGAUCUUCUGCGGGCUGGCCAUCACGGCAGCCCUGAUUGUUACGCUGGGCUUCAUGACUUGGUGCCAGAAUAUAGUUGAACGGUUUCCUAGUUGUGAAGAUGCGACUGGGCAGGAUAUUGAUAAAAAGGAUAGUAUUUCUACACAUGGCUUUUACAUAGAACUUGGCACUGCACAGUUCGGUGCCUGGGCCCUAUUCGCCCUCUGGGUGGGUUUGGCAGUGUUCAGCACCCUCAAGGUCUGCCGCUACCACCAGUUGCAGAACAUUCAGGUCUCCAUGUACAGGGAGAGGCAGAGGCUGGUCAACGAACCACCUGGUCGAUCCACACCACCCAUCGACUCGAUGCAUAAUAAUUAAAACUACCUACAUUUAAAAUAGAAGAACCCUCAUAUUGAAAAUUGUGAAUUACCCCCAUAUUGAAAAUUUUAAAGUACCCACAUAUUG